AUGGCAGGCAUUGUCCAUCGCCACCACCAGUUUGAAAGGAGAGAAUUUCAUCAAAGGGUGUAUGUUGAGCGUAUAAAACUACUGGAGCAGUACACCACUGAGGAACUGUAUGCUCUGUUUCACUUUGGGAAUGCUGAUAUUAAGUACAUUGCAGACCUUAUCAGGCCAAAACUUCAAUGCAAAAACCCAAGGAGUCAUGCUCUGUCUGUGGAAGAACAGGCCCUCAUUGCUCUGCGCUUCUAUACAACUGGGACUUUCUACCAAGUUGUUGGUGACAAUUUAGGAGUGAACAAAUCAACUCUCAGUGAUGUGGUGAAAUCUGUGUCAAUCGCAUUGGCGAGCCAAGUCAAUCAAUCUGUUUCAUUUCCAAAGGAUGACCAGAUUGCCCAGAGCAAGCACAAGGUUUUUCUUUUAGGAAACAUGCCCAAUACUAUUGGGGUUAUUGACUGCACUCAUGUGCACAUACAAGCACCUCAUGAGAGGGAGUGGGACUAUGUCAAUCAAAAGGGAAGGCACAGCAUCAACAUCCAACUUGUGGGCGACGCUGACCUCAUCAUCACAAACUGUGUCGUGAGGUGGCCUGGGUCUGUCCAUGAUGCACGUAUCCUGAGGAAGAGUGCUCUAUACAGAGAGCUCCAAAACAGCAGACCAGAUGGCACACUAUUAGGAGACAGUGCCUAUCCACUCCUACCAUGGCUGAUUACCCCUUUUCUUGCAGCAAACAGGCACGCUAAGCAGGCACGCUUCAACACUGCUCAUUGCAAAACAAGAUGUACAAUUGAGCGCUUAAAUGGAGUCCUCAAGAGGCGCUUUGCAUGCCUUAACUACUUGCGAGUGGAACCACAGGGAGCAUGCAACAUAAUACUUGCCUGUAUUGUCCUGCACAACAUUGCUAGAAGGCGCAAUGUCCCUCUCUGUGAUAAAAUAAUGAUAAUGAUACACCUGAGUCUGCUGAAUACCCAGACCAACCACCGGCAUUCUCUUGGAGUGAGGAACUGA